ACAGGUUAUGUUUUCGAAUUUGACAUUUGUGAAUUGAAAUGACCACGUGAGAAUUCAAUUUUUCCUGACGUCCAACUAUAAAGUUCUGAAGAUUUUGCAAUCGGAAUCUAAGUCCGUGCGAAGGAGGUAUUUUUGAAGUAUUGGUCCUUCUACAAUUGUGCAGUUCGACAACAAUCGAAGCAAGAGAGAUAACACCUUGUUGCAAUGGAAUUUGAUAGCCGGCUCCUAGAAGUGAAAGCUGCUCUGGAGCAGUCCGAAGUGAAAAUGGGAGUGAAGUUGAAAUCAUUCGUAUUUUCCACUUCUGAAGGAACAAAAAAUCAAAUCAAUCUGUUAGUUGAAUCUCUGAGCAAAAUCAAAUUGAUGGCAAACAGUGAUGAAGAAGAUAAACGUAGAUUUCAUCUUUUUCUCCUUGUCAAUACGGAAUUACCAGUUUCAAACAUUCUGGAAGAAGAUAGAGACUGGUGCCAUUUGAUUGGAAGAUGCCCAAAACUGAGUGCGUUUACUUACUUCAUUGUUGUACACCGGUUAGAACUGUUUCCAUUAAUGGCCGAAUCAAUUUUACAUGCUCCUAACAAACUGAGCGAAGCCUUGUUGGCAGUAUUUACUGACUUUGUGAAGCACAUAUCGGAUCCUUACGAUGAACUUAGUGCACUUCGAGUUAUUUUAACAAGUGCCUACAAGAAACUUAGUUACAAAAUCUCCCUUCAGUCUUGUAAUGCCAAGCUGAUAAAACAAUUUCAAGAAAUUUUACUAAUAUUCAAAAAACCAAGUCAGCUAACUGCUCAGAAAUUAGUGUCUUGGUCAAGUGUUGAGCAGCAUAAGUACUACGGGUUUUUAGUUCUCAAUUUGAUUUCUCUCCUGUUAGAAUGCACAAAAUUCAGCUUCGAAAAGACUUCUGCAGAAGACAGCUUACCUGAAUCUCUGAAUAAUUUAUAUGGUUUCUCAAGCUUUAAAGUUUCUUCUAAAGCUGCAGAAGAAGAUGAGAAUGAAAUAUCAGAGUGCUAUGAGGUGAUUGUUGCAAUCAGUAAAACAUUCUUGCAGGAAAAAAUUAGUUCAAUUGUAUUUUUGGACUGGUGUGAAGUAGACAUCACUGAAACAAAGACGCUUCAGCGACUUGUCGGUGAGAAAAUCUAUAUUUGCCGUGAAGCCUUAACAGCUGCCUUGGAUUCCAAGCUUUCAAGUAAGAAUUUGAAAAAUUCUCUCAAAGAUCUAACUUACUGUUUGAGCCACCUGGAGAUAAAACCACUCUCUCUCGCUGAAGAAAUGAAAGAAAUGAAUUUUAAACAACUCUUGCUUAAAUUUGAUGAGACUGUCAAAACGAAUUCCCGUGAAGACAGUUCACGAGUUCUACAAACGAUUCUGAAAAGAGAGGAAGCUCAUCUAGAGCCUGUAGAAAUUAUGAAGGUUUUGAAUAAAGCUGCUGCCAAUAUAAAGUAUGAAGAUAUCAAACUCUUGAUCCACACUUACAAUCCAAAAUCCAGUCAGAAUAUGGAGGAAUCAUUCAGUCAAUUACAGAAAACUAUAUUUGAGUCUGUGAGGAACUUGCAGGUUGAUGAACAAGUUUCUUUACUAGAAGAGUAUCUCGUGGCUUACGGCGAUAGCCAACCUUACAACAAACAGUCGAUUAAUUUUGAUGAAAAGUUGGUAGAAGUUUUCAAUAAGUUCGUCUCCAGUGAUUUGUCCUCCAAUGAGUCUCUGUUUUUGUCUGACAUUGUAUUCCUGAGCUUCUACUCCAUUGGCGAUGUUGUUGUAAAAAUUCUAAUGGAGUCCCUUCAAAAUAUGAAUUACAUCAAGGAUAUGGUGCCAAUUUUGAAAGCUUUGAGACCAUCUUUACAGAGUAUCCAGUCUCUUAGUCUUGAAAAUAAGUUGAAAAUUAUAUCAAAGAUUUCUGAGGAUUCAGAGAAAGUAAAGUCGACUCUAGAACAGUCCCACAAAGAUCUCUUACUGGACCUGCUGCAUAUUUUGAUCUUUGAUGAAGACACAAAACAAAAUGCGGCAAAACGGAGUAAUCUUUUGGACCUGGUCAAUUACUUGAUUGAUGAAUCUGUGAUAGAGAGGAAUACAUUUUAUGUCGAAGUGGUUCUAAACAAUAUCUACCUCAGCCCAAACACAUCUAAUGCAACUGUGAAUUUUCUUCUUCAAAUGCUUUUCAAAGCCUUGGUUGAAUCUUCAGAUGAAUCACUUGAAAUUGAAAUUAAUGCUGUGGUUAUUCAACUGGCCCAACUUCUCGAGAAAAUUCGAUGGGAUCCAAAGAAUUUUGCCUCUUGGCGCACAGCUAUGGUUUCAAAUUUGGUUUGCCUGAUUUCUUCUAUCGUGAAGAAGUUUUCCUCUCAGCUGUUAGCAGAUCCAAAAAAGUCCGCAUGGAUGAAAUCUUAUAUAAAGACAUUUUCGGUUCAAACACAGUUCCUAUUUUCCCCUGAAAUCCUUCCGCCUUCAUCAAUUGCAGCAAGCGUAUCGCACGGGAAAGAACCAAAUGCUUUUGUCCUUGCUCUAAAUGCUAUGCACAAUGACAAAUUUGACUUGUCUGUUCUCAGUAAAAUCUCUAAAAUUGAGAUGGCCUGGGCAUUAUUUUCGACAUUGUCCACCAGUUGCGAUGAAGAAUGGAAUUUAUUCAGUCUAACUUUAAGUCGUAAUAAGCUGUUCAAUGGAGAGUCUGCGCUCUUAAUCUUCAACUUACUAGUCAAUUCUUUCCUGGUGGGAAUUUAUACUUUGGAAAUGAAGCUCGGCGAGGACAACACUCAAAGUCGCCCUUUAACCAACUGUUGCCAGUAUGCCUUGGUCAACCUAAAUAGUUUCAUAAUGAACUUUUUAUUGAAACAUAUUCUGACACUUUCCACAUCCAAGAAAGUCCAUUGUUUUAGGAAGCUAGCUCUUCUUCUCCAGACAGUCCCAGCCAAAAUUAGAUCUCAGAUCGCAAUAUCAUACUUGAAAUUACUCAUAAGUUUUAUACCUCAUUUGGUUGACAGUAUUGACAGUAGUGCAAGUGCUGUAUUAUUCACGGAAAUCGUCUACAAUGCAAUUUGCAACUUUGAUCUGGAGACACGUCAGCUUAUUGCAAAAAAAGCUGAAUCAUACUUGCGUAAGGAAGCUCCAGCUGUGUUCUCUUAAAUGUUUACAGCACUUGCUCACAUUUUGCAGGUAACUGUGUUAUUUUUUCCACCUAAAUAAUUUAAUGAAUUGCAGGGCUGUGUGAAGAAGAAAUUGUGAGUGUGAAUUGUGAGUGUGUACGUUACUACAGAAUGAGCCACUCAAUCUUUAGUUCAAUUGCACCUUAAAUCAUCGUUUCAGUUAUUUAUUUCUGAACUUUUUUUUCAAGUCGUACCUUUUUUGUAUUUUUCUUUGUCUUAUUUUAAGUUAUGACUUUUCAUUUAAAUGAAAUACAUUCACUGACUGAUUAGUUAAGUGGUUGAGACAUGUGGCGAAUUACCAUUAAAUUACUUUUAAGAGUGUCCCUUAGAAGAAAUGUGUACAAUUUAAAAAAUCAAGGAAAAAAUCAUGAGCUGCUUGUUAUUUUCUUUUACUGAGUUCCUUACUUGAAUUACUACGUACAAAAAACCAAGAAAUUCGGUAAACUAAAAAAACCGAAAAACUAGAUUUUUACAUACUUUGAUAUGAUGUGCUCUACAGCCUCCUGAGCAUGCAAAGUCUAUAAAAUCGAACUCCAGUGCCAAUCUCGAGGAGAGGGAGCUUGGAAAGGAAUUUUUUUAGCAUUUUUACACAUAGCAUUUAGUAGAAGCGUCGCAACGUUUGACUGGUGAUCAAAAAUAUUUUUUGUAGCCUUGCAGGUUGCAAAAAUAAGACAGAAAGAGUGAAAUUCCUCCAAAUGAUAUUGAUGUGCGGAGUAGCUUCAACAUAGCCAUAGCAACAGCUCCAUGUCUCCAUCAGAAAACCGCACUAGAAGACCAAAAAAUUCACUCUAUAGUCUUUUUUUCUUCAACAUUGACAUGUGGGAAUUUAGAUCUCAAAAGCUCAUUGUUCUCCCGAGACUGUCAGGAACACCAUAUCAAUUAUUAAAUAAUACCGAAAUUUAGCCGGCGCCGAAUUUCUCAGUAUUCCUUGCUUAGUCUUUUAGAAAUUUCCAAUUCCUCCAAAUUUUUUACCCUCAUAUGUACCUAUUUAAUAUAUAUUUUUUUUUCCAUUGGUACUUAAUUUUUACUGGAAGUAUUGAUCUUUUUAAAUUUUUUUGUGUUCCUUUUUUAAAUUCCAAUGUUUUCUUUUACAUAAAUCAGAUUACAAAAGUU